ACUUGGUGAGAGCAUACAAAAGCCUAACUAAAGAAAAAGAAGCAUUGGAAUCAACUGUGAAAGCUCUAAAUGUUAUCAAACAACCAAAUCAGUUUGAAGCUUUGAAUGAAGAGGCUCAGCUUGAAAAAACAAGGCAUUUAUCAGGAUUCUCAGAGCCUAUAAAUGCCAUGAAGUCCAAGGAAAAUGAAACAGAUCAGCAGAAUCAAGUGACAACUUUACUUACCUCUUUAGUCAUACUUACAGAGGAGAAGUCCCGUUUGGAAUCAAGUCUUCUGUCUGAUAAAAAGAAGUUAAUACUUGAAAAGGAAGAACUUGAAAAGCAGUUAGAAGAAAUGAAACUGUGCCAUCAGAAAGAGAUCCAGAGUAGAGACCAAGAAGCCCAAGAUCUCAAACAAAAAAUACGUAUUCAACAAAGAGAGAGAGAACAAGAGCAAGAAAAUCAUGCACUUAUGUUAAGAGAAUUACAACGUCUAGUGGCAGAUGAAAGAGCAUUAAAAGAAAACUUUGAACAUAAGUGUGAAGAACUUGAGGAAAAGAUGGAAAGAAACAAAAAAGUAAAUAAUGUAGAAACUUACAAGAAAAAGCUUAAGGAACUGAAGAGUAACCUCACAAAAGUUAAGAAAGAACUUGAUGUGUCGAAAGAAAAGGCCAGUGAGACACCACCUAUACUGCUGGAGCUAAAACAGCAGAUGACUGAAAUGAAGAUAAGUCAUCAACAGGCUGUUGAACAAGAGAAACAUCGAGUCAGUGAAGCUGAAGAAAAACUGAAAGCCUUGUCUGCUGUUAGUGAGGCAAGGAUAGCUAGUCUGGAGUCCCGAGUUUCAGAAUUAUCAGAAGUUGUUGGGAGUUAUGAUCGCCUUAAACAAAAAGAUCAAAAAGCUAUUCAACGAUUGAAGGAUAGAGUUGCUCAACUUGACUUAGAAAACACCACCUUAGCUAAAGGUGUGGCUGAAGAUGAUAAGAAGGUGGAAAAAGAAGAAGAUUCCAAUCUUGAUGUUCAGACCUUGAUGGAUAAAAUAUGCAAAUAUAAGAACAUUUUGAAAACAGCAAAUGACAGAUCAGAAAAACCAGUUGACCUUAAUGAAUUUUACGAGCACCAGUUAGCAGCAGGGAUGGAUCUUCAUGCACGGUGUCAGGAGGACCUCCAACAAUUGAAAGAAGAGUUUGAACAAUACAAAAUAAGGGUACAAUCUAUAGUGAAGAAUAAAAACAAAAAUCUUGAGGACUUGGAUAACCAAAAAGAUGUGGAAUCUUUGAAAGUGCAGUUGGCAAGAUUGAGAGAGAGACUUCAAGCUAGUGAAACUAAACUUGAAGCUAUGAAAGACAGCUACCAAAAAACAAUAUCAGAAUUAGAAACAUCCAUCCAGAAAAUAAAAGACAGACACAAAGAAGACUUGGCAAACCAGGAAGCUGAAAACAAGAUCAGAUUAGUGGAAUUAGAACAACAGAUGGUUCGUCAGAGAGAAAGAACUGCUACCCUGUUAGAAGAAAAGAACAGACAAUUGGAGCAGUUGAAGUUUUCCUUUGGAUUUUCAACUUCCAUGGAAAAAAGAUCUGACACUGUCCAGUCAGCACCUCACCAAUACAACAAAGGAUAUGUCUAUAGUCAAGAAAUAAAUAAUGAAAAUAGCUUCACUGAGCUUUUGGCACAUUCUUUUCGUCCUAGCAGUAGGGAUAACCAGAUUCUUUACUAUGUUCAGGAAUUGUCUAGAAAAGAUGUAGAACUUUCAGGAUUAAGACAUUCUCGUCAUCAAGCAGAAACAGCCCUUAGGGAACUACAGCACAGUGCGCUAGAGAAGGAAGAGAAGUACAUUGAAGAAAUUGAAUCUCUGAAGGCGAGAAUACAUCGCUUGGAAUCUAGCCAAUCACAAGGUGGUACAAGCAUGGAGUAUCUAAAAAAUGUAGUCUUGCAGUAUAUGCUUUGUGGAGAUCCAUGUGAUAGAUAUCACAUGCUAAAUGCAAUAGCAACACUUCUUCAGUAUACUAAACGAGAAAUUGAACAAGUACGGCAGUUCAAUAAGUCCUGGUGAUGGGGAGGUGGGGUUUCUAACAUACAGUCAGUUUAAAUUUCUGACAUUCCAGAUUUAAUAGUUUUCUAGGAUGUUAAAAUUACAGCUGAGAAUAUCAUUUUGUCUGUGCACCAUGAGAUUCACACCCAGAAAUGUUGAACACAGUAGCUAAUUAGUAUAGCUGGCAUUCCUAGAAACAGUUUGCCUAUUUGCAAUAUACACUGUAGCUAUAAAAUAAUGUUGUUCAUUAACAUCAGUUUGGCUCGUUUGAUCUAUACUGAUAGAAAAUUCUUCUGAUAUUUUUAACUUGACACUCUUUGUUAGGUUUACAAAACUGGAUAGCAACAACAACAUGUCAAAAAUUAUGUAUACCACUUAGUGGUCAAAUAAAAUUACAUAAGAUUAAAUGAGAAAAAAUAAUAUCACAUAUGAAGUGCCCAGAUCAUUUAAAAAAAUAAAAUAAAUAUUGUAAUCCUUAUUCACGAUAUAGGUUAAGUUUUAUUGGUAUAUUAGAACAAGAUUUCAAAUAAAAAUAUAAUUGUAUUUUAUAAUGUACUUAUUUGUAUUUUAGAUGAGUGUGUCUAAAACUUAUUUUGGGAUUAUUAAGUUCUAAGCUGAAGAAUGAAAUGUCAAGUCUUGCAAAGCAUGAAGAUGUUUUUAUCAUUGAAAGUAUGAUGAAGCAUCACAGUAAGACUAAAAGUUUCUUUUUUUUUAAUAUUUUUUCUUGGAACUAAGUCUAUGUUUUGAAAUCUUAUAAGUAUGUUAUUUCUUGAAAACCCAUUUAUGGCCAGUUAAGGGUGAAAGAUUAGACAUUAUUUGAAAUUUCAUUGUGAUAUUUAAUGAUACUUUGUUGAAAAAAAAAUGAUUAAGACAACUGUUUUUUGACAUUUUCUUUUGACUCUGAAAAUUAGAUAUCCCAAGUGAAAUACCAAUGAAAAGUAAAAACAUAACUUUAAUGUAUACAAAUUCCAAACAUUUUCUGUAUACUGAUUUUAAAAUACUAAGUAGUUUGUUAUUUCUAACUUUCUAAACAACAUUAUUUGACCAUUUUUAGGAGUAGCCAAACAAAAGAAAUUGUCUAAAGUUUGGGCCUAGCCCCAGAAAAGUGUUAAAAGUUACAUGCAUAUGUCCAAUUAAUGAGGACUUAAUAUUGCAACUAAUUUGCUUAAAAGAGUGCUAACAUUUUUGUGUAUAUUCAUAAAUUAUAAAGAUUUGUUGCAUCUUUUUAUUAUCUAUUUGUUAAUGGAUUAAUUAUUGUAAUCAAGCUAAGAACUUUAUAAUAUGCUACAAAAUAUUGGUGAAGCAGAGAAACUUUCUUCUUUUAAGCUCUGGUUCAAAAUGCAAAAUUUUAACAGAUGGCUCCUGAAGUUUUGAAAAAUGUAGUAAAAUGUGGGUAUAUCAUUGUGAAGUAGACGUCAGAUGCUGUCUUAGAAACUAAAAGCAUUUAUAUUGAUCUGAGUGGAAAAUAUAAUGUUUUAACAUUCAGUAAUAAAUUUUUGGGACAAUGAAUACUAGUCUUUGUUUUCUGGUUUUAGGUGAUUUUUUGAAACUUGCAUAUAAUUUUGCCAUAAAAUGUUUUUGUGACUUUGAAUAGCACUUCUUCAGUCUGCACUAUUAAAAAAAAAAGAGUAGUUUAAUAUUUUGGCUAAGCUUUUUUAGAUUAUUCUACAUUUAUCUUUUGUGGUUAUUCAUAAAUAUUAUAUUUACUUUUUUACAAAAAUCAAUAUCAAUAUUACCUAUAGCCUUGGCAUAAUGCAUUGCAAUUCUUGAAUUACAGUAAUGAAUGGUAUAAAAAUUAUGAAAGCAUUUGUAAUUUUCUAAGUGUUUGAUUUAUACUAUUUGUUGAUUAAUAGUACUUUUAAGCAAAUUUAUAACAUAGGAAUCACAUAAUAAUGGAAUCAGAAGUUUCAAGCUGAUAAAAACUGUUCUUUUACUGAUUGUUCAAGAGUUGCAAACACUACUAAACUUUUAAAAAUUGUGCAUGUCAAAAUGCAACAUUGCUGUUUCUAUAUAUAAUGUGCCACUUUAUUAAAAAUUUUAAGACUAUUUUUCAUUGUAUAGAAAGUUUAGAAUUAAAAUACACUAUUUUGUUACAAACAGAAAUACUUUUUAAAAGUUAUCUAGGAUAUUGUAAGUACAGAAAAAAAACUUCCAAAAGAUUUAUAUGACCUUUAAAAUAAAUGUUGAUAAUUGUUCUCUAUAUAUGUGUGUGUAAAAUAUUUUAUAAAAUGUGAUGGUAAUCAAAGACCAAAGUUACCCACUCCUACUUUUCAAAUAUUCAGUUACUGUUAAUGGCAAGAAAAAAUAGUAAAUUAUGUGUUUAAUGCUGUGUAUAUGACAAUAAAUUUAUGAUUAAUAGUUGGUGUGAAUUUUAAUAGCAGUGCUUUAAAGAAUAUUUGUUGAAUUUCUACUUGAAUUAUUUGGAUGUUAAUUGGAACCUUUCUGUAUGAAUUCAUAUUUUGUUGUACUUUUGGGAGAUCUGCAAGAUGUUUUAUUAUAUUCAUACAUUAGAGAAGCCUUUGAAAGCUACUAUUUAUUUCUGGUGAUAGAAGUAUAUAAACAGCAUAGUACAUACUUCUGGUAUCUGAUUAUUCUUUGUGGAAUACUUUUUUAGGAGCUAACUAGUUUAUUAGCUUUGGAUACAACAAUUUCAACUGAGCUUUUCUUAAAAUAACAAGGAACAACUCUUAAAAAAAAUAGAAUAUCAACCAGUGGAGAUGCUUUGAGGUAAUAUUCAAUUGCAAAACAUAAUUCAUACAUUUGAACAUGCAGUUAGCAAAAUGGAAAAAGAGACUUCAAGCUAUUUGAAACUAAGCUUGAAACUACAAAUAAGAGCUACCAAAAAACACUAUCAGAAUUAGAAACAGCCAUCUGAAAGAUAAAAGACAAAUGCAAGGAAGACUUUUCUAACUAGGAAGCUAAAAACAAGAUCAGAUUAGUGGAAUUGGAACAACAGAUGGUUUGUCAGAGAGAAAGAACUGCUAUCCUCUUAAAAGAAAAGAACAGAGUAUUGGAACAAGUGAAGGCAUUUUGAAAUUCAAUAGGUAAAAACAAAAGUUGAGUUUUAUUGUUUAAGUAACUAAAUCUAUUUACCUGCAACUAAAGGAUCUUAUUUCAUUUUUAAUGGUCUUGAAAUAAGAAAUCCUCUUGUUACAUCCCUGCCACAUAAAGAAACACGGUUGCAAAACUGUUCACUAUAUUUUUUAGCUUUUACACUACUCCGGAUACACAGAUGAUUAUUUUCUUGUCUUUUAAUUUCCUGAACAGGCACUGUAUUUUCUUAAUUACUUGAAUAAUAAAUGUUACCACAGAAAUACCGUCGCUGAUUAACGUUCUAUUUUUUUAAGGUUUGUUCAUAAUUAUUUGAAGAAAACUUUAGUUUCCAUUCCUGUAUCCAGGGUUAUUAACUAGCUAGCUCUCGUAAAGUGUUACAAGAAAAAUUAUCAUAUGCAUGUAAAAAAUACUGAAAGAAUUCAUGAAAUCACAAGCAAUAUAUAUUUUACUCAACAACUGGCCUGGUGAAGGAACACAGAAUUGAACCAAAAUUAUCCAACAAAAUAAUUGUAUUGGUAAGCUGUUGGUACAGGUCUUAGUAAUGUCAUUUUACUUUGUAUGUUUGUAAUAGUACUAUAAGUAGAGUGAUUGACUGGAUUGAGCUGUGUUGUACAGUAUUUUCUGUAGUUUCAUUUGAAGUGAUAAAAUACAUUAAUAAUA